AUGGAGUGGGUGACGUGCGAGAGGUGUGGAAAUGGGAGCUUGGUAGAACCGGGAGGCAGGAGUAGACAGCGCCGCAGGGAAGCAAAGAAGGAGAUCCGCUCACACGCCGCGGUAGGCUCUGGGUUAUCCGGACUUCAAGUGAAGUUGCAGGCCUACGCGGGGGGAUCUCUGGACUUCAGACGAACUUGCAGGCCUACGCGGGGGAUCUCUGGACUUCAGACGAACUUGCAGGCCUACGCGGGGGAUCUCUGGACUUCAGACGAACUUGCAGGCCUACGCGGGGGGAUCUCUGGACUUCAGACGAACUUGCAGGCCUACGCGGGGGGAUCUCUGGACUUCAGACGAACUUGCAGGCCUACGCGGGGGGAUGUGGUUGCUGCGGGUGCAUCUUCGCGUGUGGAUGAGGGAGCAGGGGAGCUGGACUCAACCCAACCUCUCAGCGAGAUCGACAUCUCCCAAGGCCGUUACGAAGAGCUCAAGCCAGCCCAACCGACGGGUACACAAGGUGAGCACAAGGUCAUACAACAAGGCACGGAUCGGAGUACCCCCUCCGUGAGUCGGCAAGCCUGGGCAAGUGGAAGAUCGACACUCAUACAAGCAAUUUUGUGA